AUGAAGCUUACGCAACGCAAUUUUCUCUUCUGGCGUACCCAGCUGCUCCAUUUCUUGCGUAGCCAUGAUCUUGUCGGAUUCAUUGACGGGAGCCACCCCUGUCCGGCGGCCAUGAUUGCUUCCUCCGUCGGCGAAUCUAGUUCGGGAACCACCACAGUCGAGCCUACCCCGAAUCCACACAAGGCAUGGGUGCAACAGGAUCAGUCGAUCCUCUCCCUCCUAAUCUCCUCAAUGUCGGAUGAGGUGUUCCAUUUGGCGGUUGGCCGGAAUACGGCGGCAGAGGUGUGGAAGUCCAUCUCCACGGCACUCGGCUCCAAUACUCAGGCGAGAUGCCUGAAUUUGCUUGGUCAAUUCCAAGCGCUCCGGCAGGGCAACGCAUCUCCGGCGGACUACCACGGGCGUGCGGAGAUUCUAGUCGAAGCUCUUGCACAAGCCGGCUCACCACUCUCACUGGCCGAGCAGAACUUAUACGUUCUGCGCGGUCUACGCUCGGAGUACAGGUCAUAUGUUGCAUCGCUCACGGCCAACGCACCAGUUGGUCUGCCCACGCUCUCGGAUUAUCUGCAGGCGGCAGAUUUUAUCCUCGGCGAGGACUUUGCUCCUCCGGCAGAUGCAGGCAGUGGCAGCAACCACACUGCCAUGUACGCAGGUCGUGGGCGCGACAACGGGAAUUCGCAUGCAGAUGGUGGCCGUCGUGGUCGUAAUGGUGGCCGGAACAACAACCGUGGCGGACGCAAUGGUGGCCAGGGAUCUCCGAGAUGUCAGAUUUGUAGAUCCCAUGGCCACUAG